CCCUUCCUCGGGCUGUGAAAAAGACGCACGCGGCACGCGGCACGCGGCACGCACACACUGCCGGCGCACUCACUGGCGGGGCCGAGACGUCCCCCACUCCACUCCUCCCUGCCUCCCCACUCCACUCCAUCUCGUGGUCGAGCUUCCCCUCCAGCACCCGCGGCGGCGGCGGCGGCGGCGAGCUGAGGAAGGGGGCGCUGCUUGCUGGGGCUGGGAGCAUGGCCGGGGCGCUGCUCUUCAUCCUCCUCCUCUUCUGCCCCUUUGCGGAGGAGACGGCGGCUGCUGCAGAUAAACGUGUCGUCCAUGAUGACUUGAACCCCAUCACAACAGUCCCCUCCACGAACCCAACGCCCACGAUUAUCACCGUGCCUUCCACAAAUCCUACCAUUACCAUCCCUUCCUUGAACCCUUUGCCCACACCCAUCACCGACACCCCUCCUUCCACAGCGCCGCCAGCCCCAAUCAUAUAUCCACUGCCAACGCCUUCAACCUCCUCCCCACCGACUGUGCCGGUCACCAAUCCUGCUGUAACCACACCAUCCACUUUCCCUCCGUCAGCACCCUUCACCAACCCACCAGCGUCAAACCCAACACCUACACCUCCUCCUGCUCAAAUAAUCACAGCUCCAGCUGUUUCUAGUCAGCAGGUCUGGUGUGUGGUUAAAGCUGCUGGCUCAAGCGAAGCUGCACUCCAGAACGCGCUCGACUACGCUUGCGGCAUUGGGGGAGCAGAUUGCUCAGCGAUUCAGCCAUCGGGAAGCUGCUACUAUCCAAAUACUCUCCAGGCCCAUGCAUCCUAUGCUUUCAACACCUAUUACCAGAGGAACCCUGCACCGUCGAGCUGUGACUUUGGGGGAACGGCAAUGCUUGUCACUGCUAAUCCAAGCUCAGGGAGCUGUGUCUUCGCAUCGUCAUCAAGCUCUACUGUUGGAUACAAUCCUGCCUCCACUGCUACUCCGUUGGCAUCAUCGUCUGGUUCUGAUUCUGGAUCACCAGUUCUGAAUGCUAGUGGGGCAGGCUCUUCAGAACCAUCAGAGUUUAGCCCAGACAUCCCAGGAGCAGUUGACAUGGAUAACGCUUGGAGGUCAAUUAACCCGCCCCACUGGGCCUGGGCGGCCAUGGUCUGGAUUCUGCAUUUUGUGUGCAUAUAGAAGGAAUGGUUUGAAAACACGCAGGAGCAAAAAGCUAGAGCACUAGGAAGGUAGAGAUUUAGAGAAUCAGGUGGUCGGGCCUUAGCUUGACUAAGUCUGUGAAUGUAUGAAGUAUGUUGAUUGAUAAUUAGGGCAGUUGUAUGGUACUCCAGUUAGUAGUAGGAACUAGGAACUAAGUAGUUCUGAUGGAUGCAAUCAUCCUGACUGUUCACUCAUUAGAGUAUAUGUAGCUGCUGCAUGCCUCCUUUUGAUCUGAGAAACGUCCUAUGUAUGACUGAGCUGAACAACUAGUGGAAUACAUGGUCGUUUUGUUUUA